AAAAACAUUUUCACAUGAUAUUCCUUUUUUCAAAAUGGCGCUUACAUGUAAACAAGUUCUGCUUAUGUUAGGAAUGUUGGUCACAGGAAGCAUUAAUACACUAACGAAAAAAAUUCAGCUCCAAUGCAUUGCUGAAGGUUAUAAGUAUGAAAACAGUACUUCCUGGGAGCCUCACAAAUUCAACCACCCAUGGUUUCAAACAUGGCUGAUGUUUAUAGGGGAGACUACUUGCUUGAUUGGUCUUUUAAUUACACGACAUCGGCAAAAUAGAGAAUAUGAAAGAGCUGUCACAUGGUCCAAUCAGCUUGGUAAAGAACCCCCAAGACAAGAAAUUCCUCCAAGAAUUUUCCAGUGGAUUCUGAUAGUCCCUACUUGCUGUGAUCUUAUAGGAACUUCUCUGGCAGGUAUUGGUCUUAUUUAUGUGGAUGCAUCUGUGUGGCAGAUGUUGCGAGGUGCAAUCAUCAUUUUUGCUGGAAUUCUAUCUAAAAUUUUCUUAAAAAGAAAGUUGAAACCAAUUCACUGGUUGGGUAUGAUGGUGGUCAUGGCCGGGCUGAUACUUGUUGGCUGUUCUAGUGUUUUCAAAAACAAAAAUAGUCAAGGAACAAAAGCAAUUUUAGGUAUUGUUCUUAUACUUGCUGGUCAGCUGGUUAGUGCCAGUCAAAUGAUUAUUGAAGAGCUCUUUCUGAAAAAAAGAAAUUUCCCUCCCUUGCAAGUGGUAGGAAUGGAAGGGAUGUUUGGUUUUCUCCUCAUGACAUUUAUAAUUCUACCGUCUAUGUACUUCAUCCCAGGCAGUGAUGCCAAUGGUAGCUAUGAGAACAGUCUGGAUGCCUUGGUCCAAAUGGGGAACAAUGCCAAGCUACUUAUAAUGUGUAUUGUCUACCUGUUGUCUAUAGGGUUUUAUAACUUUUUUGGUUUGGCAGUGACCAGAUCUCUAACAGCUGUUCAUAGAACAUUGAUAGAUGCCUGCAGAACUAUCAUUGUUUGGCUUGCCUCCCUUUUUGUGUACUAUGCAAUUAAUGAGACUUAUGGGGAACCCUUUGAUAAAUCAUAUGGUCUUCUACAAGUGGAUGGUUUCGCUUUCUUGUUGAUGGGCACAGCCUUGUAUAAUCAGCUCAUGGAUGUGCCUUGUAUGCCCUGGUGUUCACAAGAACAUAAGGUAGAAGCUCUAAAGGAGGACUUUCCCAAUGCUGUGCAUCCGUCAGUCCAAGAUGAUGGUAACAUAGAAGAGUCGUACAAUUCAAUGGCAGAUGAAAAUACUGCAUUAUUACAGGGCAAGGCCAAAAAACCUGCAGUCCAUUCAUAAUUCGAUCCAUUUUAGUAAAAUUAAAAAAUUUUUUUUUACUCUACUGGUAAAAGAAAGAAAAAUUAGUUUUGAAGCUGGGGUUUGCGGUCAAAUUGUAAUUUGUAUUAACGUUUUAUUGUAAGAGAUAGUACCAGUAUUAAAAACAACAUUUGUCACAAACUAAGACUUUUAUUUUUGCUAAUUUCAUACACAAAUUUGAGUUUAGCUUGCACAGUUUAAAUCUUCACCAGAUAUGAACAUGCAUAUGUUUAAGAUUUCAUAAUGCUGUAAGACGAGAUAAAAAUGAGCAUAAUGUUUUUUUUAUUAUUGACAUUUUAUACCUGUAUUUUUUCUUAGAAAUGCUGAAAGCAAUCGUUGAUUGCUGAAAUAUUCCUUUUUUUUUUCCUGAAAACAGUUUUGAGGAAGCAGUGCCAAAUAUUCUGUGCGGCUUUGUGUGUUACACUAGGCCAGCGGUUCUCAAUCUUUUAUGCUCGGCGGCCCUUUUUACAAUCCCCCACUCCUCUGCGACCCCCGCUCACACAUACAGCAAUAGAAGAGUAGACAAUAACAAUUCAUUUUUUCGAUGGUCUUUGGCGACCCCUGGCAAAUCAUCAAUCGACCCCAAAAGGGGUCGCGACCCACAUUUGAGAACCCCUGCCAGAUAUGUAGAGCAUCUGUGCAUGGUACUAUUCUGUUGUGCCCCAAAAAACCGGGCCAUUGUGCCAAUUAAAUUAGGGACCUUGUGCUUGACAGCAAAAGAGGUACAAAAAAACAACACUUUUUGUCCUGAUGAUGUGAUGUAAUUUACUUUUAUAAUACAAGUGGUGGCUACUGUAUAUGUGUAUGUUCAGAGUCCAAUCACAAAUGUUCAAGUUCAAAAAAAAAAACAGCUUUAUUUUAAGGGUUACAGAAAUAGUUUUUAAAAACUUGAAUAUACAAAUUAUUUGACAGGAGUCGGGAGUGAUGAGUAGGAACAGCACAAUGUUCUGUGUUAGUGGUCUAUAAAAGUCGACAAAUAUUUUGCAUUUUUAUUGGUGCACAAUUUUUUUUAAUUUUUGUUUUACAUGUAUAUUAUAAUAGUUUAUUAUAUUUUUGAAAGAUGAAAGAUAUUAUUUUUUUUAAAUUCUUGAUGGAUCAAGCUAAUUUUAAACAGUGUAAAAAAAAUUUUAAGAAUUUUACAUUUUCUACCAAUGUCACUUACCAAAUCUUUUUUUUUUUAAUUUUACAUUUUGAACGAGCCUAAAUUGUGCUGAUGUGUUAAGAACACAAAAUAAUAAAUAUCAUAACAUUUUGAACAUAAUUUUUUUUAAAGUUAUUCUUGCCUAUUUUUGUAAAGUAAUCCCAAGAACAUUUUUUGACUGCUUAAAUAUUGUAAUAAUUAAUUGUUGAUGUUGAUGUUGCUAGCAAUUUAUAAUUAAUUUCCAUGUACAUUGUCUUUCAUAAAAAAAAAACUACAAAUGUAUGCUCAAUGUAAAAAAAAAAUGCCAUUAGUAUUUGCUAAAUUAAGCAGUUUAAAAUAUUUAAAUAACAGUGUAUUUUACUUCUUAUAUAUUACACUAUGUUUACAUAUGUCCCUUACAUGACUUACAGUAUAGUGAUUACAUAAAAGUAAUUAUACUACUGUACAAUACAGCUGUUUAUGUUACUGUGUUUUCAUGAGGACUUUACAUCUGUUUGAAUUUUACGAUAAUGUUCAUUUGAAAAUCUACAAGGAAAAUAAGAUUUACAAUAAGUAAUAGAAUAUUCGUUUACAUUUAAUACAUUUAAAUACAGAAGAGUCCCAAAAAACUUAGCAAUCCAUAAUCUGGUAGUCUUCAUAAUUUUGGCACACCCAGACAACCCUACAACCUUUAAAAAUAUCACUCAAGGAUGGCGGCCUGUUUGUGUGGUACGCUCACUGGACUGAUGAUUGGUGCUCCUGAAGGUCCCUGGUUCAAACCCUGCCCACUGCCAUCCUUGGGCUAGGAUGUAAUUAUCUUCAGAAUCUGAAGGAACAUCCAAAACUUAAAACAAUUUGUUUGCAAAUAUGGUGAGAGGCUAAAUGCCACCAAAACUACACCUCAAUGCCACCAAAACUACACCUCAAUGCGACCAAAACUACACCUCAAUGCUACCAAAACUACACCUCAAUGCCACCAAAACUACACCUCAAUGCCACCAAAACUACACCUCAAUGCUACCAAAACUACACCUCAAUGCCACCAAAACUACACCUCAAUGCUUUUAACGAGAAGCUGCUUUGGUGAUGGACUAACUGUUCCCUUGGUUUCUUGGUCGUCUUAAUGAUGAAGCAACACAGAGUGAGGUAGAGAAGACAUUUCUUUGAACAGACAAUGAGCCUGUUUUUACAAAGCUUAUAUCAACUCACUCUAUCUAUCUUUCUGUCUGUCUGGUAAAAAGUUUGUACAUCUUAUUUCUCCUACACCCAAUUCAGGAUCAAGCUGAAAAUUUUGCACAAAUAUUUCUUUUUCCUGACAACACAAGAAUCAAUUAAAAAAAAAUUUAACCAAGUAGUUAAUUAUUUUUGUUUGGUAUCUUGAACAAGGGAAAGACAUUGUACUUGACUGAAGUAGUGGUAUAAGGUGAAAUAGUCCCCAUUUAUAGGUCAUUAUCUGAGUCUUGGUGAACGCAGAUGUGAAAUACAAGACUAUAGAAACAAUACACAACUCUAUAAUCUUCUUUGUUCACAAGAACUUCACUAGUAGAGUGGUUGCAGUGUUGGGUUGAGGAGGCUUGAGCCAUGAGUUGGAAGUCAGGUCGUUCCCCCCUCCCCCCUUUUUUUUGUUAAUAAAUAUUUUAUUAUUGUUAGUCUAGAUCACUUACAAAUGUAACUACAUGACUGAUCCAAACUGAUACAAUUACGCUUAUUAUAAGCUUUGUUGUUGUUUUUUUAAAGUAUUUUUUUUUAUUUUCUUGUUUAUAGUUGUUUUUUUUUUAAAGACAACAUUUUACCUUCAUAAAGUGCAACUUUUAUUUUGUUUAACCCUCCAGAUAAAUGCUCCCAGUGUUGAUAUGAAACUUUUUUUGUCGGAUUUAUGCUGCCGUCGUCAGAACUCUAAUUUUUUUUUUUUUUUUUUUUUUUACUUUUUCUUCUCAUAAACAUGUUUUAAAUAGCUUAAAACUUAAUCCUAAACUUUUCCCAAAUAUCCAGAAUUUCUUUCAUUUGUGUUUUUAACUAGAAAAAUGUUUAAAGCUUACAUUUAAUACAUUUAAAUGCAUUAAUUUAGACAUAUGUUCCGGAUGGUAGUUCAAGAAAUUCAUAUAAUUGUUUUUAAAUAUGUUAGGUAUAAAGUUCUUUCACUGGUGUUUUAAUUUUUACUUUCUGUGAACUAGAUGAUUUAUUAAACAAAAAAGAAACACAAAAUAAGUGAAUAUAUGCUAUAUAAAUACAUCUAGAUAGAGAGAGAGAGAGAGAGAGAGAUUACAAUUGCACUUGAUAUGAGACAACUUUACAUUACCUGGGUGUCUCUAUUCUUGCAUUUCUUUAUAUAUAUGAUAUUUACUUGUUAUUUUGAAGUGACACAACUUUAUUCGGUAAGACUCAAAGUAAUUUGGAAUACUUUAAUUCAUUGUUUGUUGCAAUGUCUGUAACACUAUCAAUGUUGAAAUAAAUGCUUUAGUACACAUUGACUUGAA